GUCCUGAAGAUGGCAUAGUAAAAAAAAUAAAACAGAAGGCACCUUCUAAUGAUUGUGAACAUCUCUACCCGUGGAUGCCAGCCCAGGCCAGUGGCUUCGUGUUGAGCCAAAGGAACUUGUCCACCGUAUUGCCGAAAACCUCUUUCUCUCCUAAUUCAUGAGCCAGCAGGAUGCGGUCGCUGCGCUUUCAGAACGCCUUCUCAUAGCUGCGUACAAAGGCCAAGCAGAGAAUGUGGUUCAGCUCAUCAACAAGGGCGCCAAGGUAGCGGUUACCAAGCAUGGCCGGACCCCCCUGCAUCUUGCUGCCAAUAAGGGCCAUCUUUCUGUGGUCCAGAUUUUGCUGAAGGCUGGCUGUGACCUUGAUGUCCAGGAUGAUGGGGACCAGACUGCCUUACACCGGGCCACGGUGGUGGGGAACACAGAGAUCAUCGCAGCACUCAUCCAGGAGGGAUGUGCCCUGGACAGACAAGACAAGGAUGGGAAUACAGCCCUGCAUGAAGCAUCCUGGCAUGGUUUCAGCCAGUCAGCCAAGCUGCUCGUUAAAGCAGGAGCCAAUGUGCUUGCCAGGAACAAGGCGGGGAACACGGCUCUGCACCUGGCCUGCCAGAACAGCCACUCCCAGAGCACACGCGUCCUCCUGCUGGGUGGCUCCCGCGCUGACCUCAAAAAUAAUGCAGGCGACACCUGUUUGCACGUUGCUGCGCGCUAUAAUCACUUGUCCAUCAUUAGGCUCCUCCUCAGUGCUUUCUGUUCUGUCCAUGAAAAGAACCAGGCUGGAGACACAGCCCUUCAUGUUGCUGCUGCCCUAAAUCACAAGAAAGUGGUUAAACUCUUACUAGAAGCUGGAGCAGAUGGAAGCAUCGUCAAUAAUGCAGGCCAGACUCCGCUGGAGACCGCCCGCUACCACAACAACCCAGAAGUUGCUCUCCUCCUCACUAAAGCUCCCCAGGUCUUGCGCUUCAGUCGUGGGCGAAGCCUGAGGAAAAGGAGAGAGAGGCUCAAGGAAGAAAGGAGGGCCCAGUCCGUGCCAAGAGAUGAGGUGGCCCAAAGCAAGGGAAGUGUCUCAGCAGGGGACAGUCCCAGCAGUGAACAGGCUGUACUCAGAAAAGAGGAAGCCAGAGAUGAAUUUCUGUCAGCCUCCCCGGAACCCAGAGCCAAGGAUGACAGGAGGAGAAAGGCAAGGCCUAAGGUGUCAGCAUUGUCUGACCCCACCCCACCAGCAGACCAACAGCCUGGACACCAGAAGAGCUCACACACACAUCACCACCCCAAGAAGAGGGGCCGGCACCGGUGCUCGUCCCCACCGCCACCCCAUGAGUUCAGGGCAUACCAGCUCUACACGUUGUACCGGGGCAAGGAUGGCAAAGUGAUGCAGGCACCAAUAAACGGUUGUCGAUGUGAACCUCUGAUCAACAAGCUGGAGAAUCAGCUGGAGGCAACAGUAGAGGAGAUUAAGGCAGAGCUGGGAUCGGUGCAGGAUAAAAUGAACACCAAGCUGGGGCAUAUGGAGAGUAAGACCCAGCACCAAAUGCGAGUUCUGGACAAACUGAUGGUUGAGCGACUCUCGGCAGAGAGAACAGAGUGUGUGAAUCGUUUGCAGCAACACUCAGAUGCGGAGAAGCAUGAGGGAGAAAAACGACAGAUGUCCUUGGUGGAUGAAUUAAAAACCUGGUGUGUGUUAAAGAUUCAGAAUCUGGAGCUGAAGCUUUCAGGAGAUUCUAGGGCCUCCAGGGCUAAAUCCACACCAUCUACUUGUGAAUCCUCUACAGGUGUGGAUCAAUCAGUGGUGACUGCAGGUCCAGCAGCAGCUUCUGACAGCUCCUCUCAGGUGGUCAGGCCCAAGGAAAAGGCCCUCAAUUCCACUGUUGCUCACAGACUCCAACAGGAGCUAUCUUCCUCUGACUGUGCAGGCUCCCGGCUGAGGAAUGCCAAGGUCCAGACAGCACUGCUACCCCUGAAUGAGGCAGCCAGAUGUGAUCAGCAGGCUGGGCCUUGCGUCAACAGAGGCACUCAAACCAAAAAGUCUGGGAAAAGUGGGCAGAUGAGGCAUCGAGUCCAGCAACCAGCACCUAGCACCCACUGUGGGCAGCAGCCACCAGCUGCAGGCAGUGAACUGACUGCCCCCCACAUUCGAGACACCUCCCAAGCCCUGGAGCUUACCCAGUAUUUUUUUGAGGCUGUUUCUACCCAGAUGGAAAAAUGGUAUGAGAGGAAGAUUGAAGAAGCACGAAGCCAAGCCAAUCAGAAAGCUCAGCAAGACAAGGCCACACUGAAGGAACACAUAAAAAGUUUAGAAGAGGAACUUGCUAAACUAAGGACUAAAGUGCAGAAAGAAAGUUAGGACCUGGAAGGUAGAACAAGAGAGGAUUCUUGAGAAUUUCCAGUUUUGCAACAACGGAAUAGCUAUGCCUGUGGAGUUGAUUUUUGUGCACAUAGCAGAC